GGACUGGAAGCCAGUAGCAAAGUCUCAUCAUUUCAAAGCUGUAUACUUUUGUUAGCAGACAAAGGUUAAGAGAUGCCGUUUCUCCAUACAUUUGCUCUUUUAUGUGGUGUAUCAGUUAUAGCAAUCAGUGCCCAGAUGAGCAAGGAGGCUGAAAAAAAUGCAUGUGCACUCAUUACAUGUGAAUCCACGGGAAAAGCAGGACCACCAGGCAAAAAUGGAUUGCCAGGAGCUAAAGGAGAGAAAGGAGAGCAAGGACUACCAGGACUAAGAGGUCCAGAAGGGCUUCGAGGAAUCCCUGGGCCAAUGGGACCCAAAGGAGAGCAGGGUCCACCAGGUCCAAAGGGUGACCGAGGAGAAAGUUCUGCUUCAGAAGUGGAAGCCCUUAAAUUCCAAACAUCCUUGUUAGUUGGACGGCUGAAUGCACUGCAAUCUUCACUCGAGACUCCAAAGAAAGCUUUUCUCUUUGCCAGUGGAAUAAGUAUUGGGAGCAAAUACUAUGUGACAAAUAGACAGGAAGGAAAUUAUUUUGAAGGAAAAUCUAUGUGCCAAAGAGCUGGUGGUCAGCUGCCUUCUCCGAAGAAUGCUGCCGAGAAUGAAGCUCUCACCGUUUUAGCUGCACGCUACAAGAAGCAAUUCUUCUUAGGUUUAAAUGAUUUACAAACAGAAGGCACGUUUCUGUACCCAGAUAGCUCAGCGGUUGGCUACGUCAACUGGGAUGUGCGAGAACCCAAUAAUGACAAAGGUGUAGAAGACUGUGUUGAAAUUUACACAACUGGAAAAUGGAAUGACAAAAGCUGUCAGGAGAUCCGUUUGAUUGUAUGUGAAUUUUAAUCUUAACUGAUGAGCGCCCUGCAAAUUAUACAUCCAAUUGAUGCUUGUAGCACUUAGUAGUACUCUGCACCUUCAUGUUAAAAUGACAUGUAUCAAAUCUAACAUGUAUUUCAAGAAUACGCAUGAACCAAAAUUAAUAAAUAAAGCAGAUUAAAAUGUA